CGUACAAAAAAUUUUCAGGAAAAAAAGGAGAUUUUGAAUUUCGAUGCUCUUGCCUUUCUAAUCACGGUAAUCUCAAUUAAUCUGAAAAAAAUCUUUUUCGAGACAAAAAAUGUAAAUUUUAUUCGUUUCCUUCUUUUACACACGACAUCACACAAGAAUAAUUAAAGUAAAAAACGCAUGUCGAUCAAAUGUGUCGUUUAAAAAAUUUAAAUUAUUUUUCUGACGUAAUAGAAGCUUCUAAUACACCUUCGACAUCGAUUCCUCCAGAGGGGGCUUCUAAUACGGGGAGGCUUCUAAUAUGGGGAGGCUUCUAUUAUGGGGGGAGGGUUAGUAGAGGAUGAAACUCUCUGUUUCGCCCUGUUUGCGCUCGACCAUGUGUUGAGCAGAGUUGGCCACUGUGGAUGAAACCGUUUGAGGAACGCCUCUUGAAAAGUAGACCACUCCAGGUGGAGGGCUUGCCAUAGGUACUAACGGCUAGCUGUAUCGUUGAGAUGUGACAGGAUUUCGUUGGGGUUUUUUACGAGGUCGAUGUUGGCGAGUUUGCACAUUCGUUCCCGAAGGAGAAGCCAUUCUUUGGGAUCUUGUGAACCAUCACCAGAAAAUUUCGGCAUACCUUUCAUUCGAAUGGUGGCGCCGAGGCUCGAACACAGUACCUGAGGCUACUUACCAAACAACGUAAUAAGCUACUUUUAGACAAACUUGUUUACCUUUCCAAGUUUCAUCAUUAUCUAGCAAAUUGCUUAAAAUGUUUAAGGCUUUCUUUCUACCCACUGAGGUACACAGAUUCGACAUGUCUAAACUCGCCAAAGUACUAUUUUUCUUUAAUUUUAGAAAAUUAAAGAAAAUUAAUCUUUUCUCCCAUUUCUUCUGUCGAUUUGAGCUACUUCCUUUUGCAAAAGAUGUGCCUUGAAAUGCUCUACAAAAUCAUACCUAAACUAUAAUUUCAGAACUUCAAUCAAGAAAACUACGCGAAUUAGAUGAAAGUCGAAAAACAUGAAAACUUUCCAAACUCCAAACUUUUUCUUCUGCUACUAUUUCCGUUAAAAAGUGCAGCAAAAGUGAGAACUCAGUUUGUGUUUGGUACUUUCAAAUGUGCUCUUUCUUAUGGUCUGUAAAAAACUUUUUUAGAGCACAACGAAGUUACAAAAAUCCAUCAAAAGUUGACAACCUCCCCGUUUCCAACAAUGUAUUCAAACAAGACACGGAAAACAAGACUGAACUUUUGAUUUUAGUCUCCUCGAUCUUGUUCUUCAAGCUGAAGUGGAUCGCAAGGAUAUCGAUCGGAAACGAGUCGAACACGAACGAGCCAAGAAAGUUGAGGCUUUGACCAAGCAAGCGGCCCAACAAGUCUUUGUCGCCCCUCAAAGACAACCCAACAACACACAAGGCUCGACACGAAACGCUCAAGGACACGGCGGCUUUGGGCAAGGUGGCUAUUGGCGAGACGGUCCCAUUCGUGGUGGAUAUGGACGAGGCAACUUGGGAAGCUGGCGUAAUAACUACGCACAAGGCGGUCAAGGGCAAGGUCGCUACAACCAAUCGGCCGGUCAAUCAUUCAACGGUCUUUGCUUCCGUCUUCGAUAUUUUAUUGUUGAUGUAUAUCAUGUAUUAAAAUCUAUUUUCGAUCUUGCAUUAGUGAUGUCUGAAAGCCAACGGCAACAAUCAACAUCGUUACCAGAUUUCGAUCGCUCAUUAUUGGCAGCAUUAUGGAUGUCAGCAGGAUUUGAAUAUGGUAUAAAAAUUCUACUUUAUUCACCGCCAAAUCCAAUUGAAAUUAAAAAUUUUGUGAAAUUAAAAACACAUGUUGAACAACAAUUGAAACGAUUAAUAUCAAUACAACUAUUAAUCGAAAUCGAUGAACAGCUUAUCGAUUUACUUCCGAUGUAUGAACACGAUUCAGAUGUCUAUUACAAAUUAUGCUGA